UUUGUUUAUUAGCUUUUGUUGGCUUUUGUUGGCUGAUGCACCUUUUGCCUUUUCACUAAUUUUCUUUUAUUUCGAAUUUGAAAGAUUUUCAAUUAACUCACGUCGGUCUUGUGAAUUAGCAAACUUGGUAUUUUGGUGGUUUAGUCCUAUUAUAAUUAGGCCGUUUUGGACUAUUUGAGAAUAGCAUUGCAGAGCAGUAGUCUAACCUAACGACUUCCUCAAUAGAAAUUUUAUCGUAGGAAUUUAAGAGUACUCACCCAUUGCUUUUUUGACGUGUUCUGUUAUCAAGUGGACUUAUCAAGUGGAUCAAGUGGACGUCUACUUAAAGAAGAUGCAAGCAAAAGAAGAUAAACAGGAUGUGGAUGUGGACAAUUCCUCCACCGUUCGGAAACGUGUUCUUACAAUCUUUAAAUCGUAUAAAUCUAUCAAAUGUGCAUGUGGCCGCUUUUUGGGGUUUCAGCACAUUGAUACUGGCGAUUUUUACUGCAGUCUGGUUUGCGGACAGGAGCGUUCUAUUCACCAAUCAUCGGAUGCUAUAACCACUAAAGAAGAAGGAUGCAUGACGGCUCUUUCUUCAGUUUUUGACAUGUGCAAUGUCUUCCGUAAAUAAGUUUGACAUAACUAAUAUUUCUGUAACAUGAUUUUUUGUCUCAUGACUUGAAUUGGAAUUGAAUCUUUAAAAGUUUAGCAAAUAUUGAAAUAACCUGUCGACAUUAAUACUAUUUGACUUAUUUAGAUAUGCAUGUAAAGAUGCGAAUGUUUUGUUUGUUUUACUAUACAAUAUAUUUGCAUGCAAUGUACAGAUAAUUCAGGUGAUAACCCGUGAAGUACAAACUAAAAAUGUGUCAACCAUUUAUGUACAUUAGCAAACAUACAAACUCAGCUUUCUAUCAAAUUUGUCAGUUGUCACAGAAAUGACUAUUCAAGCUACGUAAAUUCAAGUUUCUAAACAAAUUGUUUAAAACAAUUCAUGCUAGUUCGUGAACCUGUUGCAUAAUCAUCGUUGAUUUCAUUCCUUUGCAAUCUUUGUUCCUGUUCCUGUUUAACCACUGUUGCGAGUGAAUGUGAGUGAUCCGGUUCUAUUUAAAAUACAUGAAACCGUAAGAAGAGCCAGACUUCUCCAAUCUCCGUUCCUUCCCUUCUGAGAAGAAGAAGACGACCCGACCGACCAAAAAGUUGAAGCUGUGAUAUAGCUAAAGUUCUUAACUCUUUUCUUGGGUCAGGUGCAUAUACAACUCGUGUAUCAUCCUCGAAUUCCUUUCUUCUUUCAACAAGUAGUCAUCGUCUUCUUCUGCCGUCUUAACGCUACGUUUCAACGCAAUACCCUCCUGGCCAAAACUUGCUUACUCAUGUUAUGUGUAUAUCACAGUCGUCGUCCCUUCUUAUUCUUUCUUCUACUUGGUGUCGUAUUAUCAUCCUUACACGAAAGAGGUGCACGAAUAUGAAUGGCUAUGUUGUAAUGUAUUGUAAAAUUAUAAAAAGCAGUCGAAGAAGAAGCAUGCAUGAGUAUAGCCACUUGUUUCAUCUUCUCGUCCUCUCUUCCGUAUUUGCCUAUAUAAUUCCAGUUCAGUUUGUUCACUUGUUCACACAUAACGUCAAAGUUUAGUCGGACAAUCCUGAUAUUUAAAGUCGCAUUCGUUCCUUGCUCUUAUUCUUUAUUUUCGUUAAGCGUGACAACUUUAUUCAUUUCACGCAACGAGCUAAAAUUUGUAUAAAGAAAACUUAAAAAUAGUCCACACAUACUACUGGCCCCACACAACUUAAUACUAUUUAUUUAGUACCCAAAGUUCCUCAGCAAAGACUGGUUAUUUAAAUAAAAAAUGUCCAAAUCAAAAAGUACCCCUCGACGGCAACAAUUGCGACAAAAGCGACCCAUCCCAGAGGAUGAGGUUAAGGGGGACGCUGAAGAGAAUCAGAGCUGUAUCAAGACUGAUGAGGGUGGCAAAGGCGGUGGGAACAAUUUCAACUUGGCCCCCAUUUUCCGUCAUUUGGCCGGAUUUUUGUUCGGUUCCUUUAUAACGCUGUCGUACCAGCCCCUCGUAAACGAUCCGAUAUGUAAACCAUUCUUAGGAGUUGAUGCAGAUGGUGACCCCACUUUGGUGGGCGUGGAGGCACUUUCCUGGUGGAAAGGCUUCCUAGUUUCGACAAUUUGCGAUCAUCACGCCAAGAUCUCUGGAUUCCUGCUACGUUUUGGUGUCUCCAUUAGUGGAGCGAUGCUUAUCGCAUUCGCGCUUAAUUUCGUCUUCGCCAAAUGGAAACAAGCCCAGCCCCAGUACAAAGAUGAGUUUAAGUUGGAAGUUGGCAACGAAACUUGGACUCUGGGAACCACGCUAAAGAUUAAAAGGGAGGAAGUGAAGCAGGUCAAUAAUGACCCAAGUCCGGAAUCUGGCUCGGCUGAAACAUUAGAGUCGCAAGACGUUGGUGGCGUGGAUCCUGACGAAGCAUUAAGAUUUCUAUUUCGGGCGAUUGACCACUUUGGAAAAAAUACCGAAGUUAUUAAACAGAAUCCAAGUUUGGAGUCUCUCUUUCAAACGGCAGAUAUAUGUGCGGCCUUGUCUCACCUGGAUAAGAGAGUGGUCAAGAACUGGCCUGAUGUGUUGGAUACAUUAGUCACAAAGUUGAAAGAGAAUCGAGACACCGAUACAAGUCCUGCCUCCGCACCCGAAGUCCAACAAGCUUAAGAAUUGUUCUCAUAUACAUACAUACAUAUUCCAAACAAAAAGUUCAUUUUAUUUAGACUGCUGUUGUUAUUUUUUAUAUUUAUUUAUUAGUUCCUUCAUGACAAUUUAAACUUCACAGUUUACAUAUACGAGUUUUAUAUUGAGAGAGACAAUCAAGAGUGAUCGUUUUGUCAAUGCAAAUUUUUACUUUUUGAUAUCACUUACAUGAAGAUGUUUAUAUAUUUAAUAUUCAAAUUAUUCUCUAAAUAUUUAUAUACUUUUGUAAAAUAAAACCUGAUUAAACUUUG